AUGGGCUUCUCCUUCUUCGCCUCUCGCGCUGCCGCCAGGUUCCUGGAGGACAUCCGGCGCCCCUCCUCCGCCGGCGUCUCCACCGCGGCGCUCCUCCUCACGGCCGCCAGCGGCGGAGGCAUUGUGGCCUAUGCCGACUCCGCCAGGGCGGAGGAGGCUCCGGAGCCACCGCCCAGGAAGAAGAAGGUGGUGGUGCUCGGCACCGGCUGGGCCGGCACCUCCUUCCUCAAGAACCUCGACUCCUCCCGCUACGAGGUGAAGGUCAUCUCGCCCCGCAACUACUUCGCGUUCACGCCCCUGCUGCCCAGCGUCACCUGCGGCACCGUGGAGGCGCGCAGCGUCGUCGAGCCGAUACGGAGGAUGUUCGAGAAGAAGGGGAAAGAUGUCGCGUAUUAUGAAGCAGAGUGCUUCAAAAUCGAUCCGACGAAGAAAGCCGUCCACUGCCGCUCUGCUGUUGGUACCAAUUUGGAUGGGAAUGGCGAUUUCAUGGUUGAUUAUGAUUACUUGGUCGUCGCUCUUGGGGCUACUGUCAAUACAUUUAACACUCCUGGUGUGAUGGAGCAUUGCCACUUUCUGAAGGAAGUGGAGGAUGCCCAAAAGAUUCGGAAGAGUGUGAUAGACUGCUUUGAAAGGGCGUCAAUUCCUAACAUCAGCGAAGAGGAGAAAAGGAAGAUCCUUCACUUUGUGAUUAUUGGUGGUGGACCUACUGGGGUUGAAUUUGCUGCGGAGUUGCAUGAUUUUCUUGUCGAAGAUCUGGUGAAGCUAUAUCCUGCAAUUGAACAAUUUGUGAAGAUAACAAUUAUUCAAUCAGGAGAACAUAUAUUGAAUACGUUUGACCAAAGGAUAGCUGUGUUUGCUGAAUCAAAGUUCCAAAGAGAUGGCAUCGAGUUGAGUACAGGAUUCAGAGUGAUAAAGGUCUCCGAUGAUUCAAUUACAGUGAAGUGCAAAUCAUCUGGUGUAGAAACAUUGGUGCCGUAUGGGAUGGCUGUUUGGUCUGCUGGCAUUGGUACUCGCCCCGUCAUUACAGACUUCAUGAGUCAAGUUGGUCAGGGCAAACGACGUGCCUUGGCAACUAAUGAAUGGUUAAGAGUUCCUGAGUGUGAUAGUGUCUAUGCAAUUGGUGACUGUUCUUCAAUAAGUCAAAGGAAAAUAAUGGAGGACAUUUCAACAAUAUUUAAAGUAGCAGACAAGGAUAACUCUGGCACCUUGACACUGAAAGAAAUAAACGAUGUUCUAGAAGAUAUUUGUAUAAGAUACCCUCAAGUAGAACUGUAUAUGAAAAGUAUGCACAUGGUUGACAUUGCUGAUUUGAUAAAAGGUGGCGUAGGUGAUUCCAACAAGGAGUCGAUGGUGGUUAACAUAGAGGAGUUCAAAAAAGCUCUGUCUCAUGUCGACUCCCAAGUUAAAACUGUUCCGGCGACUGCUCAGGUUGCUGCGCAACAAGGGUAUUAUCUUGCUGACUGCUUUAACAAAAAGGAUCACUGCGUAGAGCAUCCAGAAGGUCCGUUGCGCCUGACGGGGUCAGGGGAAGGGCAUCACAAUUUCCGCCCAUUCCGGUACAAGCAUCUUGGGCAAUUCGCGCCCUUGGGCGGGGAGCAAGCCGCGGCAGAGCUCCCGGGCGACUGGGUCUCCAUGGGCCACAGCACCCAGUGGCUCUGGUACUCCGUUUACGCAAGCAAGCAGGUGAGCUGGCGCACUCGGGUCCUGGUGGUAUCCGACUGGACCCGGAGGUUCAUAUUCGGGAGGGACUCGAGCCGGAUCUAG